CAACCAGCAGCCAACGGGAUUCACAACCAAACCGAGGCGCACUGCUAUUGGGUGCAGCGGAUGGGUUGGACUCCCGUCACCCCGCUGACUGCUACUCUAAUCGCGGGAACGCGACGCGGACAGUCGCUCCUCUGCACCCGCUGGUUAUGGAUCAGGACGCAGCGCGCCUCCCUGCUGUCUGCGGCGCGUAGAAAGGUGCCCAAAUGAACCGCCGCCCUCCCGGCUCCUCUGGAGUGCAAUGGCUUAACAGGAGAGACAUGAGUGUCCGAGCGGAUGACAGCAUCACCCUGUGCCAGAGGGCUCUGCAGAUCGUUACCGAACUUUGCCUUGCGGGACACGUGGACCGAGAGAAAUGCGCGGACAUUUUUCCCUUGGAGAGCAGCAUACAAGGUAAAGGACACGCAGACAUCUCUAUCAGUCUCCUUGCUGUGGUCGUGGGUUUCUGUGGCCUCGCCUUGCUGGUAGUCUCUCUCUUUGUCUUUUGGAAGCUGUGCUGGCCCAUUUGGAGGAGCAAGACUCUGUCGGCCCACGCCGAAAAUGGCCUCCACGUGGGUUUCCCCGAGGCGCCUCCUCCCAGUUCCACUCCGGUCAUCGAGUGCAAAGUGGCGGAGGUGGAGAAGAAACACCCGCCGGAGGUGAAAGUGAACGGACGGAGCAACGUGAAGUACCUUGAAGGAGCCAUGAAGAUCAGUCAGACGUCGCCAGACAUCCCUGCAGAGGUGCAAACAGCCCUGAGGGAGAAGAUCAGCAAACAGCCGACGAAGAUCCAGAGGCAGACGACUGAGCCAACGUCCUCCUCCAGGCAUAAUUCAUUCCGCCGCCACCUCCCUCGCCAAAUGAAUGUCAGCAGCGUAGACUUCAGCAUGGACAAAGUGCCUCUCCGCCAGUCGUCUACACUGAGCAUCGGAAGAAUAAAACCAGAACUGUACAAGCAGAAGUCUGUGGACUCUGAGGAUGAGGCCAAAGGUCAUGUGGAAAUCUGCGGGAAGCUCAGUUUCUCGCUGCUUUACGACUACGAGGAGCAGGCCUUAGUGGUGAGGAUCCUCAAGGCCUUGGACCUGCCGGCCAAAGACUUCACAGGCACCUCCGACCCGUAUGUGAAGAUCUACCUGCUGCCAGAGAGGAAGAAGAAGUUCCAGACGCGAGUUCACCGCAAGACUCUGAACCCCACGUUCGAUGAGACCUUCCGUUUCCCCGUGGCGUACGACGAGCUUUGCAACCGCAAGCUGCACUUCAGCGUCUACGACUUUGACCGUUUCACAAGCCACGACAUGAUCGGCGAGGUCGUGGUGGACAACCUUUUUGAACUGUCUGAUCUGUCGAGGGAGGCAGUAGUAUGGAAGGAUAUCCACGCAGCAACCACAGAGAGUAUCGACUUGGGCGAGAUCAUGUACUCGCUGUGCUACCUGCCCACAGCGGGGAGAAUGACCCUAACAGUCAUCAAAUGCAGAAACCUCAAAGCCAUGGACAUCACAGGCUCUUCAGAUCCAUAUGUGAAGGUUUACCUGGUGUGUAACGGACGGAGACUGAAGAAGAGGAAAACGACAACCAAGAAAAGCACACUCAAUCCUGUUUACAACGAGGCCAUCAUCUUCGACAUUCCCCCAGAGAACGUGGAGCAAGUCAGUCUCUCCAUCAUGGUGAUGGAUUACGAUCGGGUUGGACACAAUGAGGUGAUUGGUGUGUGCCGAGCCGGCCCAGAUGCUGUGGGCCUUGGACGGGAUCACUGGAACGAAAUGUUGGCUUACCCACGAAAGCCCAUCACACACUGGCACGCUCUGGGAGAGGAAAAUACAGUGGAAGGGAAGAGCUGCAAGCUUUGAGAGUCAAGGUUCGUGUCCUUCGCCCAAACCUCUGCAGACUCCCUGACGAUUCCAGGUAGAGUCAGAGCAUCGCUGCUGUGGGAAACCAGAGAUAUUUACUGUUCUGCAGGGAACAGGGAUGGAAAACUGAUCAUUUGUUCUGGGAAUUGAAUCCAACGUCUUUUAUUGAACCAUGGAGACGGCUAUGCACAACACUCACAGGCAUUCAGACAGUUUAUGGAGAGUUUUUACCAUCCAUUUAUAGAGAUAACAUCAAUAAUAAUAAUAUUAAUAACAAGCCUCUCUUCAAGGAGUCCAUGAUAGUUCAUGUGCAACUAUUUAAUCCCUUUCAGUAUUUAAGCUCUUUUAGCCUUUGCUAUUUUAAUUUGAAAUGGCACAAAGUUAAAGGGCUACGCCACUCAGAGCCAUGGAAACAUUUAGUGAAUAAACAAGUCACCAUCCAAUUUCUGCAGGUAGCUAAACAUCUGCAAGGGCUGAGUAAAAUUCAGAAAAUUCAUCCGUCACAUUUAGAGAAACAGCUGCUGCAGAAACGAGUAGCAAACAAAUUACCAGAGCAACAGAGAUCAAUGAAAUACAAGUUUGUCUGAAAUUAUUUUGUGCUGUUAGUUUCUUAAAGCCAAACUGAACCGCAAAAUCUAGUAAAAAAGCUGAGUAUUUAUUUUUUUACUGACACAAAAGUAUUUAGGUAACACAAAUAAAACUUAAUCUUUGUACUUCCUUUAUAGUAAAGCUGAGGACUCCAUUGAUUUAGCUUCAGUUGGUUAGAAGUUUCCAUUAGUCUAGGGCUUUUACUGACCUAUUUGAAUUGUUUUUUUUCCAAACUGGAUGAUUAUAAAGCUGGAAGGAGUGGAUACAUUUUCCACCCGCCAGGUUGGACCCCCUUUUACUCUAAAAUUGCCUUAGUUCGUAAUUAAUUUGAUAAAUAAAAGUGUCCAUUUUGACAUUACAGCUUUAAACAGCAGCUGCAAACUCAUCCACUGCAUCAAGGAUGUGUCUUCAAAAUAUAAAAUGUUGUCCUAUUGCAAUCAAUUAUGGGACUAUGAUGGGAUUUGAGGGAAUUGCUGCUCUGUUUUAAAAACUCUGCUACAAGUUUCAACAAAAUAGCAAUUCUUAGGACGGAUAUUUCCCAGUUUGUUGUAUGGUCACAAAAAGACGGUUCAAAGAAAUCAUCAAACAUCUAAAAAUUAUUAGAGUGGUAAGAAGGCGUAAACUUUUAUCUGCAACUGUACAUAAAUCAAUACCACAUUAACAGAUUAUCUCAAAUAUUGAAUUAAACGUUACUUGGGAGACUGAACAAAAACCUUUUUAAUUAAAUAUUCUUCAUUGUCAUAAAUUCAGGGAAACACUAUGAAUUCAUAUACCGAAUAUCAAAUUCAUUUCUGAAAUCUUCAUGUUAGUAAUAAAAUAUUCAGCCUAGCAAUUAGAGAAAGGCUAUGCACUGUUAUCUUAUUGCACAUGCAGUAUAUGAUGCUUUCCUUCUGCUUUAUCCUCAGUAUGAAAAAAGUCCUAUUUUUACUUGUAGCAUGUCUGUCGCCACUUUAAAUAAAAAAAGCACCUACUGAAGAGAAAAGAGUGCAAUGUUUAACUCUAAAAAUUUUAAAUUUUGUGUUUACAGUUGUGUAGAUAUCAAUGCACAGAAUCCUGUGGACACAGCUCUGUUUCAUAAAAAGUUGGGACUGUGUAAAUAAAAAGCAGAAUGCUGUGAUGUUCAGAUGAUGUCAACAUUAAAUUAUUAUAGUUGCAUCACAACAAAAUUUGGACUUAUACUCGUUAGAAAAAUCACUAAAUAAGUAAUUCUGCAGAUAAUGAAUCACCAAUAGGGAUCCACUGCAGUUCUUUGAUGAAUUAUCAUGGUUUCUAUGCUAGAAAACUAGAAAAUAUAUAUUUAUCAUCACUAUAUAACUGUAUGCAUAUUGCAAAAAUACUGCCUGAUUGCAAAUGCUGUCGAAUUAUUUAAGUAAAAUGCAUAAAACAAUGAGUUUGAUUAAGUUGAUUUGAUGCCAAAACUGCAAAUAUUGAACAGAACCAAAAGCAGAAAGACAUUUAACACUUUUUAGCCUUUUAUUUUCAUUUAAGUUUCCUCUCAAUAAGCAAAUACCCCCUGGUCUACUUUGUACGCAGUGACAAAUGUCAAUUUAAAAAGUUUCUGCUUAUAUUUUAGCAGGGAUGGAAAGAGAUAGAAUGCCUGUUUUGGUUUUGCAUUUUGGUCAUAAGUUUGUGAUGUAUUUCUACCCUAAAGAGAAAGAUAUAAAACUACAGAUAUCUCACAAAUGAUCUAUUAACAUACAUGGAAAACCUUAAGAAAACCUUAUAUUAUAGCAGAAAGUACGGUGUCCACCGUAAGAAAAACUUUCAGUAUUUAAUUAUGAACUGAUCAGUACGUAAUUGCGAGAGAAAGAAAACAAAAUUCUCCAGGUCCGUUAGGGGACUCCGUAGAUUAAACAAAACUUCAAUUUUCAAAAUUACAAAAAGAAAAUCCCUUUUUGUGUUAAGACAGUAUUCUGCUUCUAAUUACAUCCCACACAGAUCCUAAAUGCGUUUUGGAAGCAGGGUUGUUCUCGACAGCAGCUCUGUUUGUAAAUACCAAGAAGUGAAACCUGGCAAGUUGUUGUGAAUUUAUGGAAAAACAAAGACAUCAAAAUGUAUUUCUAUCCUUUGGUGACACUUUAAAAGUCUCAGACUUGUAUUCAAGUGACAUUUCUACAUGUCCUGUAAUAGUCGUGAACAAAUAAGUGGAGCUGGGAAACCCAGCGAAGCCAACUCUUAACUUAUCAACUCGUUCUGUAUGUAGGAGACUAGAGCUUUGAGCUGUAAUUGUUUAACUAUUCGGUUCAAUCUGUAUUAAGCAAGAAAUAACUGCUGCCAAUGUCAUGAUGUGUACAGUUUGUGAUAACUUUUGUAAAACAUUGGAGAUCUUAUUUAUUGUAAUUGUUUCAUAUGUAUUUUAAAAACAAAUAAAAAUGUCAUGGUUUGUCU